AUGACGGACACCACGGACGAUAUCGCGGAAGAAAUGUCGUUCCAGAGCUUCGACGACGACUGCAAGCUUCUCGGAAAUCUGUUCAACGACGUGCUGCAGAGGGAAGUUGACAGCACGCUCAUGAAGAAGCUCGAAAAGAUUCGAAUCGUCGCUCAGAGUGCCUGUAAUAUGAGGUUGGCGGAGAUAGAGGACUCGGCCGAGAUGCUGGAGAAACAAGUCGCUGCGGAGAUGUCACAGUUGACAUUAGAGGAGGCCCUGACUCUCGCUCGUGCAAUUAGCCAUUACCUAAACCUGAUGGGAAUCGCCGAGACACAUCACAGGGUCCGCCGGUUAAGAAGUGCUACUCACUUAACCAGAUCUUGCGACGAUGUGUUCACUCAGCUUUUGCAGAGUGGAGUUUCUGCAGAUCAACUGUAUCACACCGUCUGUAAGCAGGAGGUAGAAAUCGUUCUUACUGCACAUCCUACUCAAAUUAACCGGCGUACAUUGCAGUAUAAGCACGUCAGAAUUUCUCAUCUUUUAGAUUAUAAUGAUCGAACUGAUCUUACUCAUGAAGAUCGAGAAAUGCUCAUAGAAGACCUGGUCAGAGAGAUCACCUCAAUUUGGCAGACAGAUGAGCUCAGGCGUCAUAAACCAACACCAGUGGAUGAGGCCAGGGCUGGAUUGAAUAUUGUUGAGCAAUCCCUUUGGAAAGCUGUACCUCACUAUUUACGUCGAGUCAGCAAUUCCCUAAAAAAGCACACAGGAAUGCCACUACCGUUGACAGCCACACCAAUAAAAUUUGGUUCUUGGAUGGGAGGUGAUAGAGAUGGAAAUCCUAAUGUGACAGCUAAGGUCACAAGAGAUGUAUCUUUAUUAUCUAGAUGGAUGGCUAUUGACCUUUAUAUUCGGGAAGUUGACAGUCUCAGAUUUGAACUAUCUAUGACUCGGUGCAGUGACAGGCUGUUGAAAGAGGCACAGGAUAUUCUGAAAGCAGAAAAUUCUUUGGAGGACAGGCAUGAUAGUCAAGGAACCAGAAGUCAGCUCAAGUUUAGUAGCCAACAGUCUCGAUCUGUUCCAAUGCAGCUACCUGCUAGUCCUGACCUACCUGCCUGUGCUGAUCGCGACAAUGAUGGAUCUCGAUAUCCCAAACUGGAACUUCCAGGGACAGAUUACAUGCGUCAGGGAAAUCGUGGCCCAUCAAUCCCAAUAUCUCCAGCUAGCCAUCGCAGCACACAGAAUGGAAAUGCAUCUGCUUCCAAUGCGUCUCCAUCUUCUGGGAUGCAAAGGGUUCCUUCUUUCUCGUCUGUUCAACUCACUGCUCAGAGGAAAAAAUUUGCAGAGUCUAUGAUAGGAAGGUCGAGCUUCCAUAAACUUCUUGAGCCAACUCCUGUGCAACCUGCAAUUGCUCCUUACAGGAUUGUUCUUGGUAAUGUAAAAGACAAGCUUCUGAAGACAAGAAGACGGUUGGAACUACUUCUUGAAGAUAUCCCAUGCGAAACCGAUCCGUGGGAUCACUUUGAAACUGCCGAUCAACUGUUGGAGCCUCUGCUUUUAUGCUACGACUCUCUGCAAUCAUGCGGGUCUGGGUUUCUAGCUGAUGGUCGUCUGGCUGACCUGAUACGUAGAGUUUCCACCUUUGGCAUGGUGUUGAUCAAGCUAGACUUACGACAGGAAUCUGGUAGACAUGCUGAGGCUUUGGAUGCAAUCACUAAAUUUCUGGAUAUAGGCACGUAUAGUGAGUGGGACGAGGAAAAGAAGCUAGAGUUCUUAACAAGGGAACUGAAGGGAAAGAGGCCAUUAAUUCCUUCUAGUAUUGAGGUUCCACCCGAGGUGAAAGAAGUAUUGGAUACCUUCCGCGUGGCUGCUGAGCUUGGCAGUGAUUCUCUUGGAGCUUAUGUGAUUUCUAUGGCAUCCAAUGCAAGUGAUGUUCUUGCAGUGGAGCUUCUUCAAAAAGAUGCCCGUCUUUCUGUUAGUGGAGAGUUAGGGAGACCAUGUCCUGGUGGAACGCUCCGGGUUGCUCCACUGUUUGAAACUGUGAAGGAUCUGAGAGAGGCUGGUUCAGUAAUCAGAAAACUUUUGUCGAUCGAUUGGUACAAGGAGCACGUCAUCAAGAAUCAUAACGGCCAUCAGGAGGUGAUGGUUGGAUAUUCGGACUCUGGCAAAGACGCAGGCCGCUUCACUGCUGCUUGGGAGCUUUACAAAGCCCAAGAGGAUGUUGUGUCUGCAUGCAACGAGUUUGGCAUUAAAGUAACUCUCUUCCAUGGCCGUGGAGGAAGCGUCGGUCGUGGUGGCGGCCCCACAUAUCUCGCCAUUCAAUCCCAGCCUCCAGGCUCAGUAAUGGGCACUCUGAGGUCAACUGAGCAGGGAGAAAUGGUGCAGGCGAAGUUCGGUCUCCCAAACACAGCAGUCAGACAGCUAGAGAUCUACACAACUGCAGUUCUGCUGGCAACUCUGCGGCCACCACUCCCACCUCGGGAACUAAAAUGGCGAAGCCUGAUGGAGGAGAUAUCAAAGGUGAGCUGCCAGAACUACAGGAGCACGGUGUACGAGAACCCGGAAUUCAUCACCUACUUCCAGGAGGCCACCCCACAGGCCGAGCUGGGUUACCUCAACAUAGGCAGCCGUCCCACGCGCAGGAAGGCCUCGACCGGAAUCGGCCAUCUCCGCGCCAUCCCUUGGGUGUUCGCCUGGACGCAGACCAGAUUCGUCCUGCCCGCCUGGCUCGGUGUCGGUGCAGGACUCCAAUACGCUUGCGAGAAGGGACAUACCGAGGACCUGAAGGCGAUGUACCAGGAGUGGCCCUUCUUCCAAUCCACGAUCGAUCUCAUCGAGAUGAUCAUAGGGAAGGCCGACGCCUCGAUAGCGAAACACUAUGACGAGGUGCUGGUUUCCGAGAGCAGGCAGAAGAUUGGGGAUGACCUGAGGAAGGAGCUGUCGUCGACGGAGAAGUACGUGUUGGUGGUGAGUGGGCACGAUAAGCUGUCGGACAACAACAAGAGCUUGAGGCGGCUUAUUGAAGGGAGGCUGCCGUAUUUGAACCCGAUGAACAUGUUGCAGGUUGAGAUUCUGAAGAGGCUGAGAAGGGACGAUGAUAACGUGAAGCUCAGAGAUGCUUUGCUGAUCACCAUUAACGGGAUUGCUGCUGGAAUGAGGAACACUGGUUGA